AUGGCGGGACAGACCGACGACACCAAACGGGAAGGCUUUGGCUGGGGCAUCUGGGCGACCGGCGCCAUUGCGGCGCAGUUCGCCGCCGAUCUCGACCAUGUGCCGGGCGCGCGCCGCGCAGCGGUGUGCUCGCGGUCGAUGGAGACCGCGCAGGCCUUUUCAGCCAAGCACGGGUUCGCAUCGGCGCAUGCCGAUCCGGACGCGUUUCUCGCCGAUCCCGCCGUCGAUGCGGUCUAUAUCGCCUCGCCCCAUACCGAACAUUGCGCGCAGGCGCUUCGGGCCAUCGCGGCGGGCAAGCCGGUGCUGAUCGAAAAGCCGGUGGCGAUGACUUCGGUCGAGGCGCGCACCAUCGAGGACGCCGCGCGCAAUGCCGGCGUGUUCGCCAUGGAGGCGCUUUGGACGCGGUUCCUGCCGGCCGUGCAGCGCGCCAAGGCGCUGAUCGACGAUGGCGCGAUCGGCACCGUGCGCCGUGCCGAAGCCAGCCUCUUGUUCCACCGCCCAUUCGAUCCGGAGCACCGCCUGUUCGAUCCGGCGCGCGGCGGCGGGGUGCUGCACGAUCUGGGCGUCUAUCCGCUGUCGCUUGCAACGUUCCUGUUCGGGGCGCCCGCGCUUGAGCGAGGACGCUGGCAGGCCGCGCCGACCGGCGUCGACCGGGCGGCGGAGGUGGCGCUGACCUGCGGCAGCGUGCCGUUCACCGCCAAGGUCGGUUUCGUGGAGGACCCGGCCGCGGAGGGGCGCAACGAUUUCAUCGUUUAUGGCGAGACGGGCACGCUGCGGAUCGACCGGCAUUUUCUGUCGGGGCCGUCGCUGACGUUGUGGGACAGGCCGCUCGAGACCACGCCGGACCCGCGCGGAUGGGGCGAGAAGCUGGCGCGGCGUUUGCCCAUGCCCGGCCGUACGGUCAUGGAUUUCGCCCGUCCCUCGCGCGGGCUGAACUUCCAGGCCGCCGCCGUGCAGGCGGCCAUCGCCCGCGGUGAGACCGCCCAUCCGGCGAUGCCGCUGUCCGACAGCGCGGCAGUGCUUGCAAUCAUCGAACAGGUGCUGGCCGCCCCGCCGGAGAACUGA